CCACGAUGCUCAGAUCCUGUGUGAGAAGCACGAGCACUGCCGUCAGACGCUGCCUAAGUACUGUGGCUCUGCGCGACCCUCUCCUUUCCUUCUACCGGGAAGGGUACCAGGCAGCUCCGCUCGCUUGCCCCGCGCACACUUCGAUCCCGCUCCACAGAUCGGACUCGCUCGCGGCAAACGAGGCGUUGUUCUCGCACUUGCACAACCACGACUUUGAGGCCUUGACCGUGGACCUCUUGCAGGCGUUCCAGUUCUACGCGGACGACAAGGCGGGCUUGCGGGCUCUCCUCACACGUGAUGAAGUGUCGCGCCUCGUGGGUGCGGUCGCGGAGUAUCAGAUGCAGUGCGCGCGCCUCGCGUACCGCGCAAAGGGCUUGAAGGACGUCAUGAACGACAAUCUCGUGCGCCGUGAGCAGUGCCGACGCUUGUACCGGGACCUCCUUGUGCUCAAGGGCCACUUUAAGAGUGUCUACGCGCUUAGCAUGGCGGACCAGGAGCUCUUUUUACGCUUGGACAUGGCCAACAUGAAGUUGCACAAGGUUUCUGUUGGCUUAAAGGCCAUGGAGGCGCUCGCGCACAAGCGCAACGUGCCGCUCUCAUUGAACGUGUGGGACAUGAAGAUUCGUGCGUUGGGCAGCGCCAUGCCUGAGUUGUGGAAGUUCCGCGGAAAAAAGGUUGAAUUCACCCUUUCUAGCGGUGCUGCGUUUCCCAAAGUCACAACACAGCCGUCAACACUUUUGGCCGAGUUCUACCGGCUGGGCCUCGCGCCAAACGCGCGCAUCCAUGAGGCGUUUGUCUACAGUUUCGGCAACGCUGGUGAUAUCGCGCGCUUGCAGACGUAUCUCAAUAACACCUGGGGAUUCAGGUUGAGUGAAGAGGAGGGUGAGUCAAUUUUUGGCGCGCCUAAGCUGUUGGUCACGGAUGCGCGCGCGCUCAGCUACCCCUCUGCAAGCACGCUUGCGGCAGUGGUGUCCGCGUUCGCAAAAAACGACGAGUUCGAGAUGGCGAUGCAGUACGUGAAUGAGUUCCAGAAGCACUACACUAUUGACUUAUCCACUCAGGAGGCACUCCACUUCUGGAAAGUGCUCUUCGCGUGGGCAGCCCUCACCACCUCCUUUAGCACUAAGGCCUUGCCCUUGGCGCAGCAACAACACAUACUUGAAAGACGCUUCAACACCAUGGAGACAUUAUGGGCGUUAUUUGAGGCGAAUCACAACAAGCCCGACUUGAAGCUCCUCCGCGUACGCAUGCUCAUGUUGAAGCAGAGCCGCAAGCUCGACCUCCUUCUCGCAGAGUUGCCGCGUAUACACGCCCAUGUGCGUGCGAACCAGGAGUGUGCUACGCGUGUGAGCUUAGCUACCGACGCGUACAUCUCCAUUAACGCGCGGAACAUGUACGAAUCGUUCUUAAAGUCUAUUAUGAAGUUGCAAUUCGACAAGAACAGCCGCGAUAUAGAUGGGCCGCGCCAGUUGGUGCUGGAAUGGGCUUUGGAUGCGGAUAUGACCAAAACGUUGCAGGAGGUGUACGACAAGCGGCGCGUGCAAGCUGCCACGAAGCGCACGGCUCUCGAGGAGAGGACAAUCCAGAAAAAUGCGGAAACAUACGACAAGGAGGACGAUAGUUUACUCCAAUUGUGGUAGACAUGUAUAUAAAUUGAUUGAGGUGAGGGGUAGUGGCUACUCGAUCGUAAUAGCAGAGUUUUUGAUUAAGUUGACAGUGCAUACGAAGUGUAGCCACGAAUAAAAAUAAAAUAGCUCACGGGGUCUGACACUUUCAGGGGGGAUUUUAUUAUAAGCC